GUAAAUAAAUACGGAGUAAAUAUCAAACGACGCCGUUUCAUCCUGUCUCUUUCUCGAGCUCACCUGAAAUUUAAAAAGUUCUCCACACUCCAGAACCAUCGAAACCUGACGCAAAAUCCCACUUUCUAGCCUCACCAAACCACCAAUCGCCGCCACCGCACCAACCACCAAUCAUCGGAAAUUAGGGUUUCAGAUUAUUCCAACUUUCGAGCUUCCGCAACAAAAUUCAGGGCUAAUUCCGGCGAUUCUACGGCGGCGAUACGCCUUACCCACUUCCAUCAUGAAUUUUCAAGGUUUUUUGAAUGAUUUGCAAGACUGGGAACAUUCUCUUAAAGACAAGGAUAAGAAGUUGGAAAGCCAGAAUUCUCGAAAGGGUAAAUCGAAACUUGAAGUGAUUAGUGAGAACAAACGACCUGAUGGUAAAAUCAAUGCAACUUCUUUGAGCAGUAGUACAAGUCAGCAUCGGCCUCCUGUGAACUACGAUCCAGUGAGCCACAUAUCAACUACUUUGAUGACUGAUGAGAAUACUGUGGACGCUGCCUCUGAGAAAGAUCUGGGUAAUGAAUAUUUUAAGCAAAAGAAGUUCAAUGAAGCUAUAGACUGCUAUUCUAGAAGCAUUGCUUUGUCACCAACAGCUGUGGCUUAUGCAAACAGGGCAAUGGCCUAUCUUAAAAUAAAGAGAUUUCAAGAGGCUGAAGAUGACUGCACAGAGGCUCUAAACUUAGAUGAUCGCUACAUAAAAGCAUAUUCACGUCGAGCUACAGCCAGAAAGGAACUCCGGAAACUCAGAGACUCCUUAGAAGAUGUUGAAUUUGCAUUGAGAUUAGAGCCACAAAAUGAAGAUCUCAAGAAACAACGUAGCGAAGUUAAAUCUCUGUUGGAGAAGGCAAUUUUUGCAAAGGCUGCUGGAACGGCCACUAGAGCUGCACCUAGUGUGAAAGAAGUUAAGAACAAGGUGGAUGCAAAUGGGCAUGAAAAUCCAGUUCUCUCUGCUUCUGAAAGGAGCAAGAAAUCCGGAGUUGAUGUUCUUUCUGAUAGUAUACAGUUAUCUGCGAACAAAUCUUCUGAUUCUGGAAAUACAGUAAUCAAAAGCAAGUCAUUUGGAGAAAAAAACGGGAAAAAAAAGAAUUAUACAAGUGGGAAAAAAGAACUUGGGCCAUCAGUACAAGAGCUUGCUUCUCGGGCUGCAUCUCGAGCCAGGGAAGAAGCUGCUAAAAAAAUCAGUACGCCAAAUUCUGCUUAUCAAUUUGAGGUUACCUGGAGAGGAUUUUGUGGUGAUCGAUCCCUACAGGCUCAAUUAUUGAAGGUCACUCAACCAGAUGCCCUGCCACAGAUUUUUAAAAACGCUUUGACUGCUCCGUUACUCAUCGAUAUUGUCAAGUGUAUUGCAACCUUCUUUAUUGAGGAGACUGAACUUGCUGUCAAGUAUCUGGAGAAUUUGACCAGGAUCCCAAGAUUUGACAUGAUCAUCAUGUGCCUUUCUCCAGCAGACAAGGCUGAACUUUGCAGGACAUGGGAUGAGGAAUUUCUUGGCAAUGCUACUCCUGUUGAACUUGUGGAUAUACUUAGCAAACUCCAUCCAAGGUAUUGCCCUCGACAAUGAUCCACAAUUGCAUCUCUGGAGCUUUUGAUCUAUCAGGUUUCCCUCUGUUAAGUACACUGAUUGUAUGUUGAGGUAGAUGCAAUAUUUAUGAAACUCUCACAAUACAUUUUUGUACACACUGUAUAUUUACAAGAGCUGAUUAUGGAGGGGUCUUCUUUUCUAUUAUCUCUA